AUGAGUGAUGGUGGGUUAUUUGCUUGGGAUUGUGAAACAUAUUCAGAAAGUGAAACGCGUAAAGCAAUUCCUUAUGCGUGUACGUUAAUUAAUUUAGAAAAACUAAGAAAAAUGUUAGACAGAAUAAAUAAUCUCUUUCCAGAUUUAAAUCCUACAGAUCAUGUUCCAGAAGAAUUUUAUGAUAAACUAAUGAAUAUAGUAGAAAUAUUUGUAGAAAUAGUUAAAGUCGGUGGACGAAUUAUUAGAAUAUUAGAUGGUAUAGUACACGAAGAAAAUUUUAAAACUCCACCAUAUAGAGAUUAUAUUUUAAUUUUAGGAGAUCUUAGAAAUAAAUAUAAACUAGAAGCGCCAAAAGUCAAAUAUAAUAUCAUUCCAACUUCUGAUGGUGUCUUAAAAGAAAAGAAAACGUUUAGGGGUUAUUCUAAUAAUAAGACAAGUGUAGAAGAUUAUAUUCGGUUGGCUAGUGGACAUGAUGUGUCGAAUGAAUUUAACAAAAGAGGGGAAAGGAGUUUCACGAAUGGUAUAGUUAUUCCAAAGGAUGAUGAUAAACAAAAGAAAGUUUUUAAAAGUUAUUUGAAUUUUGUAAAGAGAAAACCACCAAUCAGUGAAGGAAUUAUGUAUCUUUAUAGUGAUAAAGAUGAGUAUAGUUUUGAUGAAAACUAUGAAUUUGAUGAUUUCGAUUACAUAUAUAUUCAAGAAGAGAAUGAAGAGUGA